UCAUUCAUGAGCGGAUUCACACCUCUGAGAAACUGUACCACUGCUCUCAGUGUGGGAAGAGUUUAGCUGAUUCAAAAACAUUAAAUUCUCAUCAGAAAAUGCAUACAGGGGAGAUACCGUACCCCUGCUUUGAUUGUGGGAAAUACCUCAAUCAAUCAGGAGCCCAGACAACACACAAACACGUAUACUCAAGAGAGAAACCUUAUCGCUGUGAUCAGUGUGGGAAGUGCUUUAGUCGAUCAGGAGACCUGACUAGACACCAACGUAUACACACAGGAGAGAAGUCUUAUACCUGUGAUCAGUGUGGGAAGAGCUUUAAUAAAUCAGGACACCUGACUAUACAUGAACGCAUACACACAGGAGAGAAGCCUUAUAGCUGUCAUCAUUGUGGGAAGAGCUUCAUUCGAUCAGGAGACCUGACUAGACACCAACGCAUACACACAGGAGAGAAGCCUUAUCGCUGUGAUCAGUGUGGGAAGAGCUUCAAUAAUUCAGGACAACUGACUACACACCAACGCAUACACACAGGAGAGAAGCCUUAUAGCUGUCAUCAUUGUGGGAAGAGCUUCAUUCGAUCAGGAGACCUGAAUACACACAAACGCCUACACACAGGAGAGAAGCCUUACAGCUGUGAUCAGUGUGGGAAAAGCUUCAAUCAGUCAGGACACCUGACUUUACACCAACGCAUACACACAGGAGAGAAGCCUUAUAGCUGUGAUCAGUGUGGGAAGAGCUUUGCUCGAGAUUUCACUCUGACUACACACCAGCGAACACACAGAGGAGAUAAGCCUUAUAGCUGUGAUCAGUGUGGGAAGAGCUUUGCUCGAGAUUCCACCCUGACGACACACCAACGCAUACACACAGGAGAGAAGCCUUAUAGCUGUGACCAGUGUGGGAAGAGCUUCAAUCAUUCAGGAUCCCUGAUUAUACACCAACGCAUACACACAGGAGAGAAACCUUAUAGCUGUGAUCAGUGUGGGAAGAGCUUCAAUCAUUCAGGAUCCCUGACUGAACACCAACGCAUACACACAGGAGAGAAGCCUUAUAGCUGUGAUCGGUGUGGGAAGAGCUUCAAUCAUUCAGGAUCGCUGACUACACACAAACGCAUACACACAGGAGAGAAGCCUUAUAGCUGUGAUCAGUGUGGGAAGGGCUUCAAUCAAUCCGGAGACCUGACUACACACCAACGCCUACACACAGGAGAGAAGCCAUAUAGCUGUGAUCAGUGUGGGAAGAGCUUCAAUCAGUCAGGACACCUGACCACACACCAACGCAUACACACAGGAGAGAAGCCUUAUAGCUGUGAUCAGUGUGGGAAGAGCUUCAUUCAAUCAGUAGAGCUGACUAGACACCAGCGAAUACACACUGGAGAGAAAUCUUACUCCUGUCUUUGUGGAAAGUGGUUUGCUCAUUCAGGGUUACUGAUAAAACACCAGGAAGCACAAACAUGUUUUCUUUCAUCUCCCUCCUCUCUGGCACCGGUUUGAGAUCCCUAAAUACAGUUUCAAUAGACAACACCUUGUGAAGAGUCAUCCAUCUCCCAUUCUCUAACAGUUUACUAAGUCUGAUUAUCAUGGUAACCUGUGUAGCAUGAUAUGCAGCUCUGGAUCAAUAUGUAUCAAGCGUCUUGGAGUAGGAGUGUUCAGAGCUGUAUCUAUUUCAUUAACUCCUACUAUCCAUUAAAUAAUGUAGAAUAAUGUUUCAAAAAUGGUAGGUGUAUAUUCAUGUGUGAUGGAAAUGUUGUCUGAAGAGAGAGCCUUGAAUCAUGUCUCAUACUAACAUUGGUUCCUGUAGGUGAUGGGUAGAGAUAUGAGGGGAGACGGUCAUGACCCCCUCAGACUCUUUGGCAGAAUAUGUUCUAUAAGUUAAGAUAGGAGACGGUUCCAGUCACAUGCAGGAUCCAAACGUUAAUGAUGAAUAAUGUAAAUCAUGCAAAUAUAACUUGUCUGUGUUAGCAGUGUAUAAGAGAACUAACGGGACUGCCCCGAAAGAGCUCCUGACCGACGUGUACUAUGGUGCAUUAAGUUUGUUGGAAUCUCUCCAGAUUGCUGAUAAUAAAGAAUGAUUCAUUUAA